AUGGCAACUCAAGUCCACGAAGCCUCAGACGAAGACAUGUACCGUCUCUUCGAGAUCUGCUCCCUAGCUUUUGCGCACAACGAACCCUUUUUCGACGCCUGCUGGCCACUCCACUGGACCGAAGCCGGUAGAAAACAAGGCGGCGAACGCUUCAAGGAGAUUAAUAACACGGAUCCUAACAACACUUUCCUCAAAGCCGUUGAUAGCACUGGCAACAUCAUCGGUAUGGCCAAGUGGAAUGUGUACACCGGCACGAUUCCGGACUUCGAGAAGCAGGAUCGGGAAAGGAAGGAUUACUGGGACGACCCGUUGGAGAAUCAGUAUGUGAAGGAGCUGCAAGAUGGCUUCGUGCAGGAAAGGAGGGCGGCGAUUGUAAGGAACAAGGGCCACGUGGUGUCGUUGGAUAUUCUGGCUAUUGAUCCUUCGAGCCAGAGGCAAGGCGCUGGCGGGUCGUUGGUGGGGUGGGGGCUGAAGAAAGCGGACGAGAUGGGGGUGAACACUGUGGUUGAGAGCUCGGUGUUUGGGAAGGGGCUGUACGUGAAGAAUGGGUUUGUGUUCAAAAAGGAUGUUGAGCUGGAGGUGUCGGAGCGGUUUGCAGAUAGACCUAAGUCGCGCUUUGCCUGGCUUGAACGUCCUAAGCGAGCGUGA